UUUGGGGAUAUAUCUUCGGCCCAAUCAGUUCUACUGCGUCGCACAUAGCUACAACUCGGGCAUGAGCUCGGUCUGAACAGACAAGAGUUUUCACGUAUCAGUGUCAUUUCUUUUAACGUUUCUACGUCGCAUGCAUCCUCCAAGAGAAGUGCAAUGAUAUUGCGGAUUGUGCUGGUAGCCCUGUUGGGCGCUGUCUGGACGAUAGAUGCCGCACAGGUCUGUCGCACUGCACACGGCCGACCUUUCAGCUGUCCCCGAUCCCGGGUCUACAGCUUCAACCCGGACGACAUCUACUGCUGCGGGAGGAAAUGCUGUUCGGAUCCCUGCCGAUCUACCGUCAGCAAACCCGACCAUUGUAUGACAGCAGGCGCCUGGAAGGUCGGCAGCAUUUUCAAUAUGAGUACGGGCGCCAUCGUUGGAAUAGUAGUAGCAGCCAUUACCCUUACCGUCAUCAUCGUUGGUGCCAUCGUGUGCUGUUACGGAAAGGCAAGGAAGAACAGCAAGAAAGAGCAAACUAAUGCAGUACAGAUGACUCCUACCACCCAGCCUACCCCGUCUCCACACCAGGCCGCCCAGUACCCUGAACGCCAGCCUGCCUACCCGCAGUCACGUGAUCCACAACAGAACGCCCAGUACCCCGCACAACAGCCUGCCUACCCACAGUAUCCACAGGAUGCAUAUGUAGCUUUCGGCCACACUUCAAAGAUUUAGAAACUCGGUUAGCCAGUGAUUGUAGUGCACUAGCAACGAAAGAAAUUACUUGCUAUUAAAAAUAGGCAAGCAUAUACACGUAGGCCUAGUGUAUACAAUCAUGCAUAUUCUCUGUAAUUACCAGUAUUGCUGCAUGUACCAAAUAUUGUAAAAUCUUCAUGACUUGCUUUUUAUUCUGAAAUAGUCCAGACUUUCGUAAUGUUAUAUCAGAUGUAAUCGUUCAUGUUGUAAACUUAGAUAGAGCAUACUAAGUUGUUAAUAUAAUUUGUCCAUCAUAGGUGACUAUGUAUAUAUACAAUUCUGGUCAAUCCAAAUCUUGGUCUAUCCACCUUGAACAUCACAUGCAAAAAGAGAAUAAACAUUUAAAUAGAA